GACCUGAAAGGAAUUGGGAAACUGCUCUCAAAAUAGAAACCUCCCAAAGGAUACUCUCCCUUCUCUCUAAAGACUCCUUAUUUAUAAGUGACAGCAUAUUAAAUAUAUCCAUGUACUACUGUGUACUGACAGGUACAUACUUACCAAUUAAUAUUUUCCAAGAUUCUUUCCAUUGGAAAAAUUUGGAAGUUAUCUUUCCAUUGGAAAAAUUUACCUAAUUCGGGACUUGGUAAUAUCCUGACAAAGUUCUAAACAUUUUGUGAGCAUGAGCCAUAGUAAGAAACACACCUUUCAAUGUAACCCAGACAAACAUUUUUCAUGUGUGUAGAUGUGUGUGAGUGGCUUUAGUAAGCAAUUCAUGUAAUGACAUUUUUCCUGCUUGUCAUAACGCUGCAAUAAUUUUCAUUCUAGUUCUUUUUUUGUAAAUGUUUAUUGUGGGUUUUAACUUUAUUUCAGCUCACUGAGGCAUAGUCUUGAGUAUAAAAAGUUAUAAAGCCUGUUUACGUCAUAGGCUUUCUUUUCAUUCCACAUGAUUCUUAACAACUUUGAUCGUCUGCUCAGGAGCAUCCCCCUUUGUGGACCCCUGGAAGGACAACCUUUCAGGUUCCCCUCAGAACUACAGUUGUCUGUCCCUGUACUCUUUCAGAUAACCAAGUUACUGUCCAUAUCAAAACAGAAAAAUAAGAUUAAGUGUUUUUAUACAUGUAUAAAAUUAUUGUGGGGGAAUACUUUGAAUGUAUAGAUAUUAAACACUCUGAGGUGUUUGGUGUUUAGCAUUGUGAACAGUUCAACCAACUAUGAAGUUUAGUGGAACAUUUUACAGAGGACUGCUCUCACUUCACAUCAGGUGAACAUCGGCAGCUUUUCAAAACUAUCUUCAUGUUUAGUAAUUUGCUAGAAAGACUCUUAGAAUUCACUGAAUGCUUUUAUCCUCACAGUUACUGAUUCUUACAGGGAAAACAUGCAUAUUAUAGUUAACCAAGAGAGAAACCAAAUAAGAUAGAGUCCAGGGAAGUACCAAAUCCUUAUUUUCUAUUGUAUUCUCCCAGUGGAGUGGGGUAUGUUACAUUGCCAGGAUUAGCAUGUGACUUAGACACAGAUAACUCCCAAUCAGGGAAACUUACCUGAGUGCUGGGAUCCAGAGUAAUUAUUGGGGCUCCAUUACAUAGCCAUAAUUGGUUGGUUGAUUCCCAUGUGGUUAUUUAGUCUCCUGGUUCACUGAUUCCCUGUGAGGUAAAGCCCCUCCAUGAAUCACACUGAUGUUCUUUCUGAUGUGAGGAGUGCCACCCCCCAUGCGCCAAAGGAGUGGCCAGUCACAACCCUAAAUAAUAUUGUUUCACUAUCCAGAGUUACCCAGGUUUUACCUUCAAGCAAAGAGACUCCCCUCAGGCGUGACACUGCAAGAUCCUAGAGAUUACCUCUCAGAUGCUGACAACGUCCUGACCUCUUUCAAGCAAAAUCCAAACUGAAAUGGAGACUGUUCCAGAAGCAGGAACACAUGAAGAAUUUUCCUGCAAGCAAAUUUGGGAACAAAUUGCAAGUGACUUAACCAGGUCUCAAGAUUCCACCAUAAAUAACUCUCAGUUAUUUGAACAAGAUGACGGCUCCUCCCAGAUUGAGGAAAGACUAUCUAGAGUUCACACAAGAGAAAAACCUUCCCAGGGUGGAAAGUGUAAACAGUCCUUCAAUGAUGUUUCCAUCUUUAAUCUUCCUCAGCAGUUAUAUUCCGGAGAGAAGUCUCAUACCUGUGAUGAGUGUGGAAAAAGCUUCUGUUACAUCUCAGCCCUUCAUAUUCAUCAGAGAGUCCACAUGGGAGUGAAAUGCUAUAAGUGUGAUGUGUGUGGUAAGGAAUUUAGUCAGAGUUCACGUCUGCAAACUCAUCAGAGAGUCCACACUGGAGAGAAACCAUUCAAAUGUGAGCAGUGUGGGAAAGGCUUCAGAUGUAGAUCAGCGCUUAAAGUUCAUUGCAAAUUACACACGAGAGAGAAACCUUAUAAUUGUGAGAAAUGUGGGAAGGCCUUCAUGCACAAUUUCCAGCUUCAGAAACAUCAGAGAAUUCAUACUGGGGAGAAGCCAUUCAAAUGUGAAAUAUGUGGUAAGAGCUUCUGUCUUAGGUCAAGUCUUAAUAGGCAUUGCAUGGUUCACACAGCAGAGAAACUGUACAAAUCUGAAAAGUAUGGAAGAGGUUUCAUUGAUAGGCUAGAUUUGCAUAAGCAUCAGAUGAUUCAUAUGGGACAGAAACCAUAUAAUUGUAAAGAAUGUGGGAAGAGCUUCAAAUGGUCCUCAUAUCUUUUGGUCCAUCAACGAGUCCACACUGGAGAAAAGCCAUACAAAUGUGAGGAGUGUGGGAAGGGCUACAUUAGUAAAUCAGGUCUUGACUUCCACCAUAGAACCCACACGGGAGAGAGAUCUUAUAACUGUGAUAACUGUGGGAAGAGCUUUAGACAUGCUUCUAGUAUUUUGAAUCAUAAGAAACUCCACUGCCGAAGAAAACCAUUGGAAUGUGAAGACUGUGGAAAGAGGCUUGUACACCGGUCAUACUGUAAAGAUCAACAAAGAGACUACAGUGGAGAAAACCCAUCCAAAUGUGAGGACUGUGGGAAGCGCUACAAGAGGCGCUUGAAUUUGGAUAUAAUUUUAUCAUUAUUUUUAAAUGACAUAUAAAUUUUACAUGUUUGUGGAGUGUGAAAUUUGAUGCAUGUAUAUAAUGUAUGCUGAUUAAAUCAGUUUAAUUUGUGUA